AGCUCCUGAGGCGGACGAAGCGGGACCGGCUGGGACGUGUGAAACUGUGCCAGGCGGCGGGGCGGUCAUGGCGGCCGGGCUCGUGCUACUGACGCUGGGGCUCUGCGCCCUUGGAGGCGCCUCGGCAGCAGGGCCCAAAAUUUCAACCUCUCCUGAAGUAACUGCUGGCUCAAAUGUGAUCAUUUCAUGUAACAUAAGUGAAGCAUCAACACCUAUCAAAGGCAAUUACUGGAUGAAAGGGGAGACAAAGCUUGAUUCCAAUACCACCGCUCUGGAUUUUACCUCCUACAUGAUCCCCAAAGUGGACUACGAAAGCUCGGGAGAGUACCACUGCAUCUUUGACACCAUUCCCCUCACAAAAGGAACAGUGCUCGUGAAAGUUGCUCCCAAUGUGGUGCCCUAUAAGAAGACGGAGCACGGAAACGAAGGAGACUCCAUAACGCUGAGUUGCAAAAGCAAUUCUUACCCUUAUGUUACCCAGUGGACUUGGUACAAGGUGGUAGACCAGGUGCCUCAGCCUAUUGCCAAUGGCACUGAUGAAAGAUUUUACAUCCGAUCCAACGGCACCAAGACAGAUCUUCGGAUCAUUUUGUUGAACCUGGAGAAGGACCCCGGGAAUUACGUGUGCAACGGCACCAAUGAAAUAAGCACCGGGACUGCAGAGGUGACCCUGAGGGUGCGGAGUCGGCUGGCUGCUCUGUGGCCAUUCCUGGGGAUUGUAGCGGAGGUGCUGGUCCUGGUCACAAUCAUCUUCAUCUACGAGAAGAGAAGAAAGCCCAACGAUGUUUCUGAGGAUGACGAUGGAGGCUCUGCACCCCUGAAAGGCAACACUGCAAACAACACGGACAAGAAUGUGCGCCAGAGGAAUGCAAAUUAAGCCCGCAGCAAGGUGACAUGUGAGACCUAAGCAGUCGGCUUAGAUGUUUCUUCUGACACUUUCCUGCUGUAAAACCAAGAAUAUUUCUAGAACAUCCUUGCAUCCUUUUUAUAAAAAAAAAAGGAAAACAGAAAAUCAGUGAGAGAUCUUUUAGCCUUUUACGUUUUAACCACAUAUAGAGUUUGUUCUCCUCGUCCUCACUGCUGAAUCUUGAGAGUUGGGGAAAGGAAAACGGAAGGCACGGGGAAAUUACAUUUCAAGAAAAUGUUGCCAGUUAGUUUAAGAAAAGAGCCAUCAUCCCUGACUCAAGAAUGUCCUGUUCUUUCUUCUAUCUCUCUCUCCCUUUUUUUUAGUAGCAAACCAUAGGGGGAAGUUAUUAAAUUAGUCCCAAUGGAAUGAUGUGGUAGCGUGAAGCAAUCCAGAGUUUUUAAGUCACCUUCAACUUUAGGAAGGGCAAUGCUUCAGCCCUGAAUAGGUUCGGCCAGUAGCUCCCCUCCCCUUCUCUUUCUUACUUGGUCUCCCUGGACCAGAAACUCCCCAAUCUUCUCCAAAUCCAGGAGUGAAGAUACCACGAAACAAGGGGUUGCGCACUGCUUGUAUUUGGCUUCUCGAAGCCCGGAAGCCACCUUUUGCCAUUCCUCUCUCCAGCCACUUGAGCCCUUUGGGGCUGUCCCUGGAGACUUGUCUUGUGCGCUCAGACACACACACACACAAACAAUGAUGGUGCCAUAAUUGCUCGGAAGACAAAGACAAGGACAGUGACUUUUCUCCUGCGCCCCCCCCACCUCCUACCUCGGUGACAUCUGAGCAUCAAGCCAGAAGGGAGGUGAGAGUCCGAAGCUCCUUAUGUUAUGUAGGGUUGUCUUCCCAGCUUAUCUGGUGGUGUGUCCUUUCAGCCACGUGACAUUUUAGAUCGCAAUUAGUCACAGAGACCGAAGGACGAGCCAGGACAUAACUCUUUUAAGUCCCACGCAGCUCCUCCAUCUUGUCCCAACACCCGUCGGCCUCUGCCAAGGCGGAGAACGUUCUUACAGCUUGUUGGGCUCACCCUUGUUUUGGUUACCGUUGGAAGAGGUUAUUGUUUUAAAUAAGCCAAGCUUUUUCUCAAUAAAACAAGACUCGGUUGUUUUGGUUUCUUUCCCUA